AUAGAUCUAACAGCAAGAAACAUCGGUAUGAAGAGUAUGCUACGUACAGCAGAGAUGGAGUAUAUAGGCUCCCAAAGAAUGUAGUUUCGAUUCAAAUCGUAUGAUGAUUGCAUUGUGAAAACAACUUCUACUUGUUGCGUUGUCUAACCCUGCCCACCCCUCUAUCCCUUUCCUCCCUUCAUGCCGACAACAACAAAAGCACCUACCACACACCAGUUGUAGAUGACUUGCAAGAGCUUUUAAAAGAACAGUCAUCUUUUGCAAUUCCACUCUUCUUCUUUUUCUGAUCCCAACAUCAAAAGAACAAUGAAGUUCCUUACCACUGCCCUGAUCGCCACCCUUUCGUCCGUUGCACUUGCUGAUAUCCUUCCUGAUGUGCACGGUGCUCCAUCUGCUGCAUACGUCAAGGAAAGCUUGCGACCUCCAGAGGGCAACAAUGCCUACGAUGUGCUCUAUGCCAAGGGCAACCGUGUGUACCAAUGCAACCCAGAACGCACUGGCUUCCAACACUGGUACAAUGUGCAAACCCAUGCAUUCUUGUAUCCAACCAAGGAGCGCAAAGAACCAUUUGAUCUGCCUGGUCUGGAAAUCGGUCAGGUGGCUAUGGCUCCUUUAAACGGUACCCAAGCCGACCCCUUGGAUCCUGUCCCCGUCAUGACCUACUACCCCGAUGGCUCUUGGGUCGGUACCACCCGUCCUUUGAAGACUACCACCUUGGAAGAAGGCCGUGCCGAGCGUGGUGAUGCUGGUAACUUGGAUGACCACUUGGAACCUGUCGUAUACACCUCAGAUGACGGCUACUUUUCGCAUGCCAAGUACAUUGUCCGCCUUGGUUCGUUGGACGGUGUUCGUCCCGCAGCUGAAGAUUGUACCUACAAGGGCAAAUUGGUCAACAAGCCCUUCACUGCCUUCUUCUUGUUGUACACAAACCAGGAGGGUGAAGAGAAUUUGGUCAAGGAAAAGGAGGCAUGGGACCAGUUGGUUGAAGAAUACAAGAUUGCUGAUCCUGUUGCUCACUAAGGAAAAAAAAAGAACCGGCUUGAAAUACAAUAAGUCGCUAAGCAUUCUUCAUUAAUUUAUUUAUUUAUUUAUUUUGCUACAUAUAUUGGUCAAAUAAAUUAUUAUGAGAAACGUUAAAUGUGUCCAG